AUGCUACAGGACUAUGAAAAUGUUUUUGAAAACUGGAAGAAAGAAGGUAUUGUUGAAGAAUUAAAUAGUGAAGAUCUCAAGGACUCUAAGUGUCACUAUCUUCCUCAUCGACCUGUCAUAAAAAACAAUUCACCAACAAGGAUCAGAUCUGUCUUCGAUGGUUCUGCAAAAUCCAAAGGAAGUCCAUCCUUAAAUGAUUGCCUAGUAACAGGUCCAAACCUUGUGGAACUUAUUCCAACCCUAAUAAAUAGGUUUCGUAUUGGGAAGUAUGGUGUGAUCGCCGAUAUACACAAAGCUUUUCUACAGAUUCAGCUGAAUGACAGUGACAAGGAUUAUCUGCGAUUUCUUUGGUGGCAAGAUGGAGAUUCAAAUAAUGUCAAAAUCUACAGACACUGCCGCGUAGUGUUUGGGAUCAAAUCAAGUCCAUUCCUUUUAGGGGCAACAUUGAAUCACCUAUUAGAUGGAGCUCCUGAUUGCUACAAGAUGACAGCUCAACACCUACAGAAAUAUAUGUAUGUUGACAAUUGUGUGGCUAGUGUUAAAAGCGAAGCUGACUUGACACAGUUUAUAAAUGAAUCCACAAAAAUCAUGGCUCUCGGAAAAUUUGAUUUACGUGGCUGGCAACACAAUUCUUUUGAAUCCUUAAUAGACAAUUGUAAUGAAUCUCAAGAUGUUUCUCCUACCUCUCAAAACGUUCCAGUUCUUGGUCUUCUUUGGAACAUUGAAAGAGACACAUUGGAGCUAUUGGGUUGUUGCAUCGGCUUGUGGCUUGCCAAAACUAUUUGCACUGAUUUAGAAGAACUUGGUGAUAUACCUGUUUAUUACUGGUCAGAUUCCAUGAACUGUUUGUACUGGAUUAAUAAUGAUGAGCAACGGGCAACGUUUGUAAUGAACCGAGUAAAGGAAAUUAGAUCGCGCAGUGAACCUUAUCAGUGGAAUCAUGUACCUGGAAAUCUAAACCCAGCUGACUUACCUUCGAGAGGCUGUUCAGUUAAUACUUUGAUAGCUCGAAGAUGGUGGGAAGGUCCAGCCUGGUUAACAGAGGAAGAAGAAUUGUGGCCCGUGUCUAAUUUAUCCCCUGACAAGAAUGUCGUCAAUGCAGAAAAGAAAAAAUCAGUUGUCAAUUCUCUGUUUGUGUCAGAUUACAUUAGAGAAUUCUUAAUAAGAUUUUCGUCAUUUGAGAAGCUGAUUCGAGUUACUGCAUGGAUGAUCAGGUUUUGCAGAAGCAGUAAACUAGCAAAAUCUUGUCGUGUAACAGACAUACUGACUCCUGACGAGCUGAAGGAAGCAGAAACAAAAAUCUUGUUGAUUGUCAAAAAAACUUCAUUUGUUUCUGAUCAUCCUGUUGUUACAAGUUUGAUUGUAUCUAAACAUAAAGAACUUUUGCACUGUGGUAUUCAGACGUUAAUAGCAAGUCUUCGAGAAAAAUAUUGGAUUUUGAAGGCCAGGAAAACAAUUAGAAAGGUUAUACGUAAAUGUGUUAUUUGCAAAAGAUUCAAUGCCAGACCUAUUGAAGUAAUGUUUGCUCCUCUGUCUGACGAUCGAAUCAAGGAUGUUUCUUGUUUUGAAGUCACUGGAAUAGAUCUGGCUGGACCAGUCUUCUUGAGAGAUGGAAGCAAAUCAUGGAUUGUUUUAUUUACCUGUGCAGUUUACCGCACAGUACAUCUUGACACAGUACACAUUCGCACUAAGCAAGGAGAGUUGCUUCGACCUAUACAGCGCCUCUGUCCUCUUGAAGUAAGUUCUCCCUUCGACAGAGAACUUCGCAAGCGAAUUGAAGAUCCUGUCAUUUGUGACGAAGGAGAGGACAUAAUCCGAGUGAUUCAUCAUCCCCAGUGCCGGUCUCUCAGGAAGAACCAGCACCAGUGCCCGUCUCUCAGGAAGAACCAGCACCAGUGCCCGUCUCUCAGGAAGAACCAGCACCAGUGCCCGUCUCUCAGGAAGAACCAGCACCAGUGCUCGUCUCUCAGGAAGAACCAGCACCAGUGCUCGUCUCUCAGGAAGAACCAGCACCAGUGCUCGUCUCUCAGGAAGAACCAGCACCAGUGCCCGUCUCUCAGGAAGAACCAGCACCAGUGCUCGUCUCUCAGGAAGAACCAGCACCAUUCUCAACCACCGUUCCGAAGAGGUAAAGACUUUUGCCAUUGA